CUGGUCUAGAUAAUAUGACUCAUACCUUCUUUCCUCUUCUUUCUUCUGACUUGGCAGUUUCUGAAAAGCCAAGGGACCAAAAAUAUCUCAAUUACGAAGCAUUUUGAAGGCUUUCUGAGAAGUUUUGUGCAGACCUUGGGUGGCCUGUCACGCUCUUUAUUGAUUUUCUGAUUUUAACCUAAGGCAUGUCACUGUGUAGAGGGGAAUGCGGUGAACACGUUUAACUUUUGCAAUGUUCGGAUCAGCAACCUGUGAUCGAAAUAUUGUUCUGUUGGUUCUCCCUCGGUCUUGUAACGUACUCUCUACUUCUCUUAAUCUUUUCUCCAAUUCCUCCCCCACAAAGGGGACUGAAUUGGGGGUUCAAACAGAGAAACCCAUCUUGUGCCAUGUAUUUUAGCCCACUGUUAGUACUUGGAUGGGAGACCACAAGGAAACCUCCAGGGCCGUACCUUUAAAAUCUUGCACGAAGAAUACCUCGGUCUUCUUGCCAAGACAAUUACGUGGAGUCUGUCCACGUGGUCACCAGGAGUCGAGCAUCUUUCCGAGGGCGAACAUUAUGCUUUCCUCCAACGCUUUGGACUUUAGUUCCCAUCUGCCUCAACCAGAGUGGUCAGUUGAGGGCUUGUGGGUUUGCCUGCCUGUGUUUUAUGAGGUCUGGGAGAUUGGAAAAUAAAUUCUUUCUCGUGCAGCUGGUUCCAUCAGCUGGAACAUCCUGCGCGCAUCACCCAAGGAAACAGGUUAUAACAGAACAUCCAGAGCGACCGUUCUGUUUCCUGUCUGAGCCCGGUGGCCAGAAAGCGUGUAUAAUGGCGGAGAAGCGACUCUUGGAAGCGGUGAGUGCCAUGAGUUACAGCAAGCUCCCUCGACUGGAGGUGGAGCCAACCCACAUCCACCCAGUGGGCUUGUGCAGGACGAAUGGGCUGCCCGACCUCACCACGGAAGACCAUUACAGUUACAAAGGCUCCUAUUUUACUUACCCACUGCAGUGCCACGAAGGGCCCAAAGCUUUAACUCACUGGCCCUCCGCUGAGACCUACAGCCAUUGCACAGGAGGUGCACCUGGCCAGUCUCCAAGGACAGAGAAACCCACGUACAAGCCAGAACCUGAAGGUUUGGAAGCCCGUCAGAGAGUCCGGGGCUCUGAGAAGGUCAGCGAAUGUGCCACCCAAGAGCGGUGGGCCAGCUACAUGGGUCACUCAGGUGUCAUUCAGCAAGGCUGGAUCCAGGGAUACCCAACCCAGCAGCUCCCUGCAGCCCCUGCCGUUUGCCCCACCUUGGCAGCCCCCAAACCAGUUUACCGAAGCCACCCUUACGGGGCGGAAUCUGGCUACUCCCCCAAAGGCACUCUAGCCUUGCGAAUGCAGAUGGAAAACCUCUCAAAGCGUCUGGAAUGGCCUCCCUCUCCCUCGGUUUUGCCCACCGGCACCAAGAGCCGUAGUUACAGCACAGUGGGGCCCAAGAAAGCCUUGGUGCCUGAUGCUGGUGUCAUCCAGUUCCAGCAGGGGCCCAAAGAGGGCACUGCCCAUUCUGCGGGCUUCUUGCCUUACCAUAAGGCAUUUGAGAAAUGCCAGGGGUCUCAGAGUGCCUCUUCCCUGGAUGCCAGCUCCCCCGCCGUAUGCCAGAAAAGCGUCUCGGAGACCCCGGGUAGCAACCCCAGCAAACACACGUGGUCCAGGCUUCCUCCUCCUCCUCCUCCUCCUCCUCCCAGCUUACUGGUGAAUCCCCAGGAUCUGGCAUAUCAGGAGAGAUCACCCACAUGCUACCCCUUGGGAUCCUAUCCCCUCGCCUCUCACGAACAGAUGUUGUUGUAUCACCAGAGCUACAUGCAAGCAGAAAAAUCAAACUCGGUCUUCACUUUGGCGGCCUGCAAAGGUUUUGGGUCUCCAAGCAGUGAAGACGCCCAGCUGUUUCCUGGGUCGUAUUUUCAGCAAACCUCUCGCAGCUACUAUCCUGGUCAUCUGGAGAGCUAUCUUUACCAGGCUGUUGGCCCAUCUCCUAUGACCCCCCUUGAGCGUCACUCUUCAAGGGAACAUGAGCACCCACAGAACUCAGUGACCAAAAUAGACUUUGCGCCAAAGAGUCCUGUUUCUGCCUGUGCUCUGCCUGAAAAGGCUCCUCCAGCUUAUAAUCCUUGGCGCAGCAGAGGUAGUCUUCCAGACUGGUGUGAGAGCAGCCGCAUUGCAAAAGAAGCCAGCACAAAUUCUUCUGGUCUACAGGAUUUCCAUCCUGUUUACCAAGUAGACCGGCUAUCUCAUUGCUACAACACGGUUGGAAAGUUACAGGAAAGUGGCUGCAAGAAGGAUCUUUGCCCACCAGAAAAGGUGACGGUGAGGGAAGAGGAAUCUUCUGAGACACACAAAAAAUUCUCCUUAACCUCUGAAUCUAGGAACACCAGCACCCACAAAGAUGAAUCAGGAGCCUGCAUAGUUAUUUCCGAUAGCCCAGUUAUCUCCCACAAUCCCUGCUCCAAGCAAGACCUGCCCAAAAAUGUUCUCAAGGCUUCUAACAUCCAAUGUAUAUCUAAUGUACAGUGGUCCUCAGAGGAACAACCAAAGGCAGUUCAUAAACAGCGUGAAGGUUCCUCAACUACUUCUUCUCCUCCUAUGCCUGUUAUCAAUAACGUUUUCAGCUUGGCUCCAUACCAAGCGUACUUAGAAGGUUCUGCCGAUUUGGUGCAACUGGAUGCCUCUAAAAGUUGCCACGCUGAGGAACUGUCUCCCAGGAGCAGAGGCAACAGUGUGGAAGAUGAAGGUCUGCCUUGGACAGGCUCUAAAAGAUUGACCAAUGAGUCUAGGGUGGAUCUUCCUGGGUGGAAAGAAACCACCUGCAAUGCAAUAACGAAACCUGGAGAUGCUGACGUGGGUAAAAAUAGUGUCCAGGUAGAACGAGAUAGCGGAGAUAAUGCUGGGCCUUGGGAAAGCUCCAAGGUCAAGCUUUUGAAUCCAAAUGAUCCUGUGUCUUGCCAGCCAUCCCCUACCAGUUGUUCCAAUGGUAGAGUUGAGAGACUUGCCCAAGAAGACCAUGUGUUAGAUCUCAGCUUUAGAACGGAAAGCUUGGCAGAGGGACCUGAUCUUCAGCAGCUGCCCAAGAAGCUUGAGGCUCCAGACAGCGGAGGUUCAAAGAUCAAAGGUGAAGAAGCGAGAGAGAGAGCAGCCAACGGCCAGGAGACUGUCUCAGAGACAAGCAGAGAGGCCUUGGUGCUGCCUGUCAACAGCGGUUCUUGGGGUAACGGACAUUUUCACAGCUCUGCGGCAUUUCUGUUCAAGAAAUUCAAAAUCCUUAAAACUCAUGCAGCUGAGGCUGGCUCUGGGGCCAAGGAUGUCUCUCUCCAAAGAGGUUCUGACACACAGAUAACUCAGCAAAAUGCCCCCUUGGUUGGGUCCAACCUUUCCCAGGCUGUAACUCCAUCUGAAACUCCGAUUUUGCAGAUCAAAGGCUUUAAUGCUAAACCGCCAGAUGCUUCAAUGCCCCUGCCACCUAGCACCCCUGCUGGCUCUCCUGUGCUUAGAGAGGCCCAAGUUCUGGAUCCCACCACUGGAAAACCUCUUGGUCAGCAACAUUCACCCAGGCAGUAUUUCACUGCUUUGCAUACGUCUGUCUGCACUAUAAUUUCUUGUUCGGUGUCUGCCUCCUCCCCUGAUCAACUCAAGGAAUGGUUGGAGAUGGCCGAGUCCACUGUGGAGCUGCAGGAGAAGACGAUCAGUUCCACCAAGCCCAAAAAUGGUCCAAAGCUCUCUGAAGCUCACAAACCCUCCAGGGGCAAAGAGAUCUGGUUGGCCUUUAAGGAUGUAGCGGUGCUUAUCAGGAAGCUGCUAUCUCAGCUGGAGACAUUCCUGAUCAGUCACAGGUGCCCCUUUCCUCACGUGAUUCGAGCUGGCACCACCUUCAUCCCUAUUCACGUGGUGAAAGAGGAACUGUUCCCCAACCUUUCUGGUGUGUUGGUUGACCAUGUCUUACAGGACCACAAGGUAGAGCUGCGUCCUACCACCUUGUCUGAAGAGAAGCUGUUGAGGGACCUGGACCUCAAGAGCUGUACUUCUCGGAUGUUGAAGCUGCUGGCUUUGAAACAGCUGCCGGACAUUUACCCUGACCUCUUGAACCUCCACUGGCACGAGUGUGUCAAGCAGCAGCUUGGGAAUCCUGCGAGGGAGAUCCCAAACAGUGAUGUUGAGGCUUUGGGAACAGAUGCAGCCACCGAGUCUUGUGGCCAGGACUUCAGAGGGAAGAGUACCAAAGACAAAGCAUAUGGAUUGGCAGCCUGUCUUGGCACUGUGUGCUUGCAUUGCAAGACUCACCAACCAGUAGAUACAGGAACCCUUCUCAGAUGUUCCUCACCUUCCCUCCAACACGAUUGUAUGCUAAAUGGGAUGAAGGUGCUUCCUAAGGAAGACACAGCCUUGGAAACCAAGGGACUCGCUCUUUGCUCUGGUGCUAAGAGGCCAUCCCAUAAACGGCCAAGGACUCUUGAGCUGAAACUGACUGCUAAGGUUGCUAGGAGGACAACCAGAGCCUCAAAGAUCCUUCACCUGCGGAAGUCCGUGGUUCACAUCCAAUUCCAGAAUGCUCUUCAGGAUAUUCAGGGACCUCAGGUUCUUGGUCCUUCAAGGAAGAGAAAGAAAGUGCCACCAGCACUCCUCCUGAAGAGUUUCAAGCGGCGGAGAUGCAGUAGUGCCAGGGUGUCUGCCUUGCCCUCUGAGUAUCCAGAACUUGUUGGGAAGAGAAUCAGGCACUUGUAUGAGGAGAAGGACAAGACAGAAGCCUGGUAUCAGGGUGUGGUGCUUCGCGUCCACAAACGCCACAAAAACCCUUUGAAGACAGUUUAUGAGGUGAAGUACGACAGUGAGCCAGAGUGGCAAUAUUACCUCGAGAUUCUGCAGGAUUAUAAGAAAGGUUGGGUGGAGCUGGCUGAAUGAGUAGAUGGGUGUUUACGUGUGUGUGAAAGAAAAGAGGGGCAAUUUGAUUUAUCCUGCUGUUGGAUCGGAACACAGUUGAAAGGAUAAUCAUGUUUCAAGGUUAAGACUGUUUUCCCACAUGACACACUAUGGAGAAAGGUGACCUUGGCCUGAUUCAGAUAGUCCUCUUAUGGUGCUCAACACCUCAGGGCUCCAUGUCACUUCCAGAAACUCACCACACAUGAGUAGCUUUCAGGUCACUGCUUUGUCAAAAAACAAUUUGAACUGGAGCUGGGUCUACAAAACGGCCUCAUAUUGUCCCAACUGACACCAGAGAUGAAAUAUGAAUCUCACUGUACAUUUUACAAAUCUUCUACAUAGGUGGAGCUUUGAGGACGUCCCGGGAAAUUUCCCUGGUGGGCCCAUCCUCUGUGCUCAGUUCUGGCUUGUUCCAGCAGCUAUGAGUAACGGGUUUGUUGAGUUCCCAGAAUAUCUUAGAACGAAGCUUGUCCAGGGGCAUUGUGGAAAACCCAGAGGAUGGCUACUGAUAGUUGCUUGUCCUUCUUGGAGCAUGGAGAGGAACCCUGGGAUGUUGGCUGAUGGUCACCCUGAUGAGUUCCAGCCCUUCAUUUUUGACCAAACCAACCCCACUGGAGUAGCCAUGUCUGUAGAAAAGCAGUGGUGCACACACUAUGGAAGUAGUAUCUGUAGUUCCCAGACCACACUGCUCGUGUGUUGCUUUUACAGAGCUGUGUUGGUACAACUCCUUCAGGAAGAGGGUACUUGGGGGACAUCAGAACUGCUUGUCCUCUGGUUGAAAGUAAUCUUUCCUCUUCUCCCUCCUGCUUCAUCUGAUACUUGUAAGUCUCUGCAAUUGUUAGGUUCUUGAGUUGGCCCUACUAGAAAGAAGGCAACCUUCGGGGGAGCCGCAAAGAUCUUUCCAAGGCUGCUUUUAAUUGAAUCUUCCCCAGGUGUAGGGGCUUCCAGAUCCUCGGAUGUUCUCCAAUUCCACUUGAUAGAUCUGAGCCACAUCAUAGCGCAUGGAUCGUGCUUUAUGCACCCCCCCCAUGGAACAAUUUCCUAAACUCCUGCUCCACCAUCACCGCUGAUGGGGAUGAGUGCUUUUGAGGCAGACGUCCCAGGUAAAUUGUGGGAAGGUGUGAGGAAGGGGCUCCUUCUAAAGCUUAAAUUGAAAGCAAAGCCAUUCCAGAUGUCUUCCGAUGGCCAGACCACUUAGCAGGGUGGGGGUGUAGCUCUCAGCGACUUGACUUUGAGGGGGAAAUGCCCGAAAAAGACCACACUCAGGGAGACCGUUUUGCAAGGUGGGACUCUGAAGAAGCUCUUGCAUUCCACUUAGUUGCAGUUCGACAACUGGGCUCAGAGUGUGACGGAGUUUUCCACUGUAAGGGAUUUGAGCCGUGCUCAAGUAUCCAGAGAUGUCAGAUUGAUUUGCUGCAGCAGCUUGGAGAAUCCUUGAAGGAUGAAAGUAGCCACUGCAGGGAAAACUUGCCACAGCUGUUGUGACUGCAUGCACCUUUGCGGUCACUGGCAGGGUGGCCACAUUAGUGUUGCAACCAAUGACUACAGAAGUGCAUGCAGUUGCAACAGCUGUGGCGUGUUUUUCUGUCUUCUGCGCUGGCAGAAGAGACAGCGGUUCUUGGUUUGCUUUCCCCCACUGUUAAAGUUAAGAAUUAAACUCAUGGGAGAUCUGGAAUUUCUCUCUCCUGUUGCACCUGGUGAGCUGAGGAAAGGAACGCCCUCACUUUUCCUGGAACAAACUAAUCAAGAUCCCUGCAUGCAGAAAGCUCGCAUGUCAGGAAGAGAAAUUCUGUCUUGGCAUUCUCCCUGACGUGCUAGUUUUCUGCAUACAGGCCUUUUUUGGGGGGGGAACCCAACUUGAAGGAUUUUUCAGUCCUGUUAGCCCCCCUGAAGAUAUACAGUUCAAAGAACACUCUACACUUUUUUCUGAGAACAUCUGUAUUUUAAAAAACGACGUGACCGGCUUUGUGUACCUACAAAGUGAAACGAAACAGCAUGCACGUGUUUAAAUUUGAUUUUUGAAGGGCUGUGCUAGUUCCACGACGCCGACGGGCAUAAACAUGGCACAAACUCCCACAUUUUAGAAAUGUGAUUUGUUUUGCCUUUAUAAGGAAUUGCUGCUGAUUUCAAGGGUGUUUUUACUUUAUUUUAUUUUUUUAGACUUCCUGUUUGAUACUUUUUGUGUGUGAUCUUUUGAUACGAGUAGCAGAUUUCAGUUGCAACUGCAUUUUAGAAGCUCCAGGCUUGAACCGUGUCUUAAAACUGGUGGGAAGGAUCAAACGUGGAUAGGUCAAGCUCCCUUGAAGCACCCAGGUCGAAAAAGUUCAUUUCUGAGAAAUGAAGCUUGGAGAAUGAAAGAGAAGGGGAGCAGCGAAGAAGAAAAAUAAAAUAAUUCUAAAAGCACCCUUAGGUUCGUUUCUAAAGAGCCAAAAUGAGCCGGGGACAAGCGUGGAAGAUGGUCCUCUCUUGGCUGCGCUGUUUUGAACCAAUUGAGAUGGUCAACGGCAAUGAAAUUUCGCGAUGGCUCCUUUGGGGGCUGACCUGUUCAACAUGCAUGUUCCCCCCAGUUGUGGCAGAAUUUGGAAAGGGGAUGAAGCCGUGCUAGUUACAAACAUAAGGCUUCGUUUUUAUCUCGGACGUGCAGCAGGCGCAUUUUGGAUCCUCUGCUCCAACAACGUCCAUGUGUUUCUACCUGCUUAUCUUUAAAUUGUGGGCCUCUCUGUUGAACACGCAAAUCAAUCCAGAUUUGGGGGGGUGGGGAAGCCACAGGUCCAUCCCUCACUUGCCCCCUCUGGCCAGGGAAACCAACCCAACCGCAACAAAAGCAAAGACGAUGAAAUUGUACUGUGCUGCCAUUUGGAAAGAAAUGCAUAAUACUGUAAACGUUGUACAUAAACCGGGAGCAUAUGUGCCUUUUUAUUUAAUUUUUCUUUUGGUUCAGGGUGCAGUUUCUAAGAGGUGCUUCGUUAAAAUUAAAGCAACUGUUUUGGACCUGG